GAUGCCUUUGUAGCAUUCCACGUUGACAAAGUGCUGGUGAACAAGUACUUGAAGCCACUGCAGAUUGGGGAGUUGGCACCAGAUCAACCCAGUAUUGAGCCCACUAAAAAUAAAAUGCUGGUGAAAGACUUCCGUGAGUUGCGCGCUACUGUGGAGAAAAUGGGACUUCUGAAGCCAAAUCAGCUCUUCUUCUUCCUGCACCUCGCUCACAUCCUCCUGUUGGAUACUGUUGCCUGGCUCAUUCUCUUCUACUUUGGGACAUCCUUAAUGCCCUUUGUUGCCUCUCUGGUGGUGCUGACCAUUUCCCAGGUCCAAGCUUCGUGGUUACAACAUGAUUUAGGACAUCUUUCUGUAUUCAGGAAGAGCAAGUGGAACCACUUGCUGCACAAGUUUGUGAUGUGCCAUUUGAUUGGGGCAUCGGCCAGAUGGUGGACUCUUCUGCACUCCCAGCACCAUGCCAAACCCAACUGCUUCCAGAAAGAUCCCGACAUCGAUAUGCACCCUUUCUUGUUUACUUUGGGGAAGAAAUUAUCUGUAGAGCUUGGGAUCAAAAAGACGAAAUACAUGCCAUACAAUCACCAGCAUAAAUACUUCUUCAUCACUCUUCCUCCGCUCCUGUUUCCCACCUACUUCCACUACCACACCUUUUAUAUCGCGUACACCAAAAGAUAUUGGGCGGACUUGGCCUGGAUGCUGACCUUCUAUAUCAGAUUCUUUUUUACUUAUGGAUUGUUAUUAGAAAUAAAGAGUCUUCUGGCAUAUUAUUUUCUAUUCAGGAUGCUGGAGAGCAGCUGGUUUGUCUGGGUUUCACAGAUGAACCAUAUCCCUAUGCACAUUUACUAUGACAACAAUUUGGACUGGGUGUCUACUCAGCUCCAGGCAACUUGCAAUGUUGAGCAGUCUCUGUUCAACGACUGGUUUACUGGGCAUCUGAACUUCCAGAUUGAACAUCACCUAUUCCCCACAAUGCCAAGACACAACUACUGGAAGGUGGCUCCCCUGGUGAAGUCCUUGUGUGCCAAACACGGCAUUGAGUACCAGUGCAAGCCGCUGCUCACGGCUUUUGCAGACAUUGUGCACUCUCUGAAGAAUUCAGGAGAGCUCUGGCUUGAUGCCUACCUACACAAAUAA